AUGCUGGAUGGUCUCCCGAAUCUCCCCAAUGGACGGCCCUUGUUGUUCCGCUCGCGGUGCCAAGAGAUCCUGGAAAUGCUCCACAAAGCAAGGGCAUGCUUGUCCUUCUAUCCCUGGCAUGUUGCAGAUUCAUGGUUCCAGGGAGCAUUCAUCCUAACCAUCGGCGUCAACAGUGUUUUUGUUCUUGGAUAUUCAGGAACCAUUAUGGUUCCUCUUGGCUGGGUCCCUGGAGUACUUGGAUUAAUUGCCGCAGCAGCUAUUUCGUUGGACACGAAUGUUCUCAUUGCCAAGCUUCAUGAAUUUGGUGGAAAGAGGCACAUUAGAUAUGGAGACCUUGCUGGACAUAUAUAUGGUAGGAAAGCUUAUUCUCUUACAUGGGUGUUACAGUAUGUUAAUCUCUUCAUGAUUAACAGUGGAUUUAUCAUUUUGGCUGGUGAGGCUCUGAAGGCGGUUUAUAUUCUCUUCUGGGAUGACCAUGUGAUGAAGCUUCCUUACUUUAUUGCCAUUAAGGGCUUUGUCUGUGCCUUGUUUGCGAUUAGGAUACCUUAUUUAUCAGCUUCAAGGGUCUGGCUGGGAGAUUUCACAGUCCUCAGUCUGGUUUACAUCGUUACAGCAUUUGUACUGGCUCUACGAGAUGGAGCUGCAAUUACGCUGGUUGAGUCCCUUUUGAUGUUCCAUGUUGUUCAAGGUGCUCUGGACACCAGCAAAGUUUAUAGGGCUUGCAAUGCCGGCACCUAUUCGAGCAGUGACCCUUACUUGAACAGUGUGGAUUAUGUGCUCGCGGACUUGGAGACUGUGACCCCGAAUCAAGCGAACUAA